GUUGUGGAGCAUACUGCAACUCCUCAGCAAACUUCAACUCAAGUAACUGCUGUUGAAGAAGAAGUUGUGGAGCAUACUGCAACUCCUCAGCAAACUUCAACUCUGGUCAAGAGCUCAGAAAGCUUUUCUUGCAAUUCUGGUCCAAGUGAAAGUUUACUGAGCCAGAAAGUUCCUAACCUUGGAAGUAUCAACACUGAUGAAAGUCUUGUUGAACCAAUAAAUUCUAUCUCAUCUCCUUCUAGUUCUGGUUCUUCAGAACUUGAAGUAACACCACCACAGAAAAUACUUGUAAUCAAACAGCCAAGGAGCAACGGAUUGACUACUUCGAUCGACCCGACCAAUUGCACUGAAAGCAACGAACAACUCGAUAGCCAACUACCCUCUAAAAGCUUGCCUCAGCUUAAAGCUAGUACUACUUCAUUUGAUGCCAACCUCCCAUCUUUAUCAGUAGAACCUCCAACUCUCAACGCAAAGUCAAAAAUACUUGCAGGUCCUCCUCUCAAUUCAAGAUUAAGUGAUGACAAGAACUUGCGCGUCUUGCCUGAUAAUUCAACUGCCGAACUUCUAGAUAUUGUUGCUUCAGAGCCUACAUCUCGCAUCACCUCCAACUGCUUCACUGCUGCGACAAGACGUUCAUCUCCUGAAAUGGGUCCAUCUCCUGCCCCUGUACAGGUGCGGGUUCUCACUUUAGAGAAAAACCAGAAUUUGGAGUCAAAGCUCUUCCGCCUUCAGAAAGGUUGGGUGGUGCAGUUUCGGCAAGGAGCCACCCUCUUUGGCCAGUCGGUGUCACUGUUCACCAACUGUCCAGCGUCCGCUGGCGAGUCUUUCGUAAGAUCCUCAUACCGCCCUCUCCAAUGGUGCAGCGACUCCGGUUCUUCAGAUGACACGGCUCUCUGCUGCCAGCUCUCCCUCACCACUGCAGGCUCCUUCAGAUACUAUUUCACUCUGCAGGGAAGCAGCUCUGAGAAUGGUGGAUCUGGAUACCUCUUGGUGGACCCAACACUCACCGUGGGACCAGAAAAAACCCCUCUGCCUCUAGACUGCGUGCAGUGCCAGACUGUCCUGUCCAAGAACCUUGGGCCCUUCAACCAAUGGCAGGACAGGCUCAGGGUGGCCAAAGAAACUGGCUACAACAUGAUUCAUUUCACCCCAAUCCAGGCGUUGGGAGGCUCGAACUCUGCAUACAGUUUGGCAGACCAGCAUGCGGUGAACGUGACUUUCCACAGCAACAAUCGCCGCUGCUCCCUGACUGACAUAGAGAGCCUCAUUCAGGAGGUCAACAACAAGUGGGGGGUGCUGUCACUAACGGACAUUGUUCUCAACCAUACGGCCAAUGAGUCGCCGUGGCUUUCGGAGCAUCCUGACGCGACUUACAACGUCGUUAACUCCCCUCACUUGCGUCCAGCUUACCUCGUGGACCGCGCCCUCUACUACUGCAGCUGCGACAUCGCCAGCGGUAAACUCGCACAGUGGAAUAUGCCUCCCAACAUUUCCACAGAGGAGCACGUUGCCAGCCUCUCUGACCACAUCUUUAACUUGGUGCUGCUACCACUGCAUCUCGAGGAGUUCUUUGUGCUGGACGUGGAAGCAACUGUUUCGCAUUUCAAGCAGUUGGCGACUAGAGAAACGCCCGUGCAGGUUGCAGGGAAAGGAAAGCUGGAAAUCGUACAAGACCCUCAAUACCGGCGGAAGAAGAACUCGGUGGAUUUUGCGCUCGCUUUGAGUAUCUUCAAUGUUGUGCAUGAGGAUUGCUCUGAGGAGGACCGCAUGGAACGGUGUUGUAGUGCCUUGCGCGCUGCCCUGGAAGAACUGAAUUCCCUCGCCACCGCUGAAGUGACUCGUCACCUGCAUGCUGCAGUAUCUGGUACAAUCGGCACUGUUCGUUACGAGAGACUCCAGUCGGAUGGUCCAAAAAUUCCAGCCGUUACAGCCAAGCACCCUCUAGUGCCGCCGUACUUCACCCACAGCGGUCCUGAUGCCGAUAUCGCGGCAGACGAGCUGCUCAUGGACUCGCCAAAAGGUAACUUCCUGAUGGCUCACAACGGGUGGGUGAUGAACCACAACCCUCUCAAGAACUUUGCUGACCCGGGUUCUCUGGUGUACUUACGUCGUGAGCUGGUUGCGUGGGGAGAUAGCGUGAAGCUGAGGUACGGGUCCCAGCCCUCUGAUAGCCCUUUCCUGUGGGACCACAUGCGUCGGUAUUGUGAAUACACUGCGCGUAUCUUCGCUGGAAUCCGCCUGGAUAACUGCCACAGCACGCCCAUCCACGUCGCGGAGUAUUUAUUGGAUGCUGCUCGUGCUGUCCGGCCCGAACUUUACGUCAUCGCCGAACUCUUCACGAACUCUGACGAUACCGACAAUAUCUUUGUUAACAGACUGGGCAUCAAUUCUCUCAUCCGGGAGGCCAUGUCAGCUCCCAACUCUCAUGAGGAAGGACGUCUGGUGUAUCGUUACGGCGGUGAACCUGUGGGAGCAUUUUUGCUUCCAUCGGUGCGUCCUUUGGUUCCAUCUAUUGCUCAUGCCAUUUUCCUGGACUUGACCCACGAUAACAAAUCACCUGUUGAAGUACGCACGGCUUUCGACAUGCUGCCUUCGAGCGCCCUCGUGUCAAUGGCGUGCUGUGCGAGCGGUAGUAAUCGUGGUUACGAUGAGCUCGUGCCUCACCACAUUCAUGUGGUGAACGAACGCAGGCUCUACUACAGCUGGAGCAACAGUGUCCAGCCCUCCGCGGGCACUGUGAAUGCUGGCACCGGUAUAAUUGCGGCCAAACGCGUACUCAAUGAUCUGCAUUUGAGCCUCGGUCGCGAUGGCUUCUCUCAAGUCUUCGUAGACCAAGUUACGUCUGACGUCGUGACCGUGACACGUCAUAAUCCCGUCACCCACGAGUCUGUCGUGCUCGUCGCUUACACGUCCUUUGCCCCGCCUGCUGUGAUUGGUAGCCCUUACGUGCGGUCUCUGAAGGUCCAGGGAGCACUGAAAGAGAUCAUCUUCGAGAUGGAACAACGGGCGCUGAACGAAGGCGACGACCAGAAAGCGUGUCCGGGAUCGUUUUCUAAAGACCCUACCUUCAUCAAUGGUCUUAAAGGCAUCGUUGUGAGCGUAAGGGAGAAACCUAGCCUCUCUAAAGCCCGUUUAGUGAGACAAGCCUCCCAAAACGACCCUGACACCUUGGAGUUCCAGUACACUGAGCACUUCAAGCCGGGCUGCGUGGUCGCCUUCCGCUUCUCGCUACUUCCCAAAGCACAAGCUGCAAUCACGAGCGUCCGUUCGACGCUCGCCAAGUUCGUCCACCUGCCUCGCCAGCUCACCGUCACUGUCGAGGACCCAGUUCUCUGUGCAGCCCUGGCGUCGCUUGACCUCGUCGCUCUCAACCACUGUCUCUACCGCUGCCAGCAAGAGGAGGAAAGCUUGGGCGCAGGGGACGGGGUGUACGAUGUGCCGGGCUGGCGCGCCAUGGUUUACGCUGGUCUCCAAGGUCUUGAGUCUGUGCUGCUCGACAUCCGCGUUAAGAACGACCUGGGCCACCCGCUGUGUGGUAACCUCAGGAGCGGCGACUGGCUCAUGGACUACACCGUGCGCCGGCUGCAGCAGCAGCCUGAUACUCAGCUGCUCGCGGCAUGGCUACGGGAGGUGUUCGCCGAGGUUCGGCAUGUGCCACGUUACCUGGUGCCUGCUUACUUCGAUGCCGUCAUCAACAAGCUCUACCUGGCACUCAUCAACCGGGCGUGGCAACUCAUGUCACCAUUCGUGAGCGGCGGCUCGGUGUUCGCUCGUUUAUUGGGGCUGUGCAGCGUACAGUUCUGUUCUGUAAUACAGUCAGCACAGCUGCCUCCUCUCUCACCUGCUCUGGCACCUCCUCAGCCUGCCAUCUUACCAUGGGGAGGUCAACGCGCCUCGUCCAUUGCUGCAGGCCUGCCUCACUUCUGCGUGGGUUACAUGCGUAACUGGGGUCGAGACACGUUCAUUGCCCUACCCGGCAACCUGCUCAUCACCGGCCGCUUUGACGAAGCACGUUGGGUGAUCUUGGCAUUUGCGGGAACUCUGCGUCACGGCCUCAUCCCCAACCUGCUGGACGGCGGACCCAAGGCUCGCUACAACUGCAGGGACGCCGCCUGGUUUUGGCUCAUGGCCAUCCAGAGGUACGUGGAGAUGGUCCCAGAAGGACACCGCAUCCUGCAAGACAAAGUCUCGCGGAUCUUCCCACGGGACGACAGCGACGCUCACUCGCCCGGCCGUGUGGAUCAAACACUGGAGUUCGUCAUCCAAGAGUGCAUGACACGCCACUUCCAGGGCGUGCAGUUCAGGGAGCGCAACGCUGGACGUUCCAUAGACGAGCAAAUGACGGACCAAGGCUUUAACAACUCCGUCGGUGUUGAUCUUGAAACCGGGUUCCCGUUCGGAGGAAACCGUCACAACUGCGGCACUUGGAUGGACAAGAUGGGCAGCAGCGAGAAGGCUGGCAACAAGGGCCGUCCUGCGACGCCGCGCGAUGGCAGUGCAGUCGAGAUCGUCGGGCUCUGUAAAGCCGCCGUGUCAUUCUUGGCUGCCUUGUACCGCGCCAAGCACUUCGCCUACCAGGGCGUUACCAGGAUUGAUGACAAGGGUAAUGAGAUUAACUGGACAUACAGUUUCUGGGCGCAGCAGCUGUCAGCUAACUUCACCCGCCACUUCCAUGUGCCUAAAUCGCCUACUUCUGUAGACAAGCGGCCGGACCUCAUUAACAGACGAGGUAUUUACAAGGAUAGCGUGGGUGCCACCGACUCCUGGCCAGAUUACCAGCUGCGCUGCAACUUCCCUAUCGCUCUCGCUGUGGCUCCCGAGCUUGUGGACCCGAAAGAAGGAUUAGAAGCAUUAGCGCUGGCUGAGGAGCUGCUGCUGGGUCCCCUGGGCAUCAAGACCCUGGACCCGUCCGACUGGGCCUACCGCGCCAACUACGACAACGGCAACGACUCCAACGAUGCCAGCGUCGCUCGUGGUUUCAACUACCAUCAGGGGCCGGAAUGGUUGUGGCCUGUGGGCUUCUUGCUGCGUGCCCAGCUCGCCUUGUCCCAGCGUCUCGGUGACCCAGAGCACCUGUGCCAGACGGUGUCCCGUAUCAAGUCUAGCCUGUCUCAGCACUUCACUCAUCUCGUCACCAACGAGUGGCGCUCCUUGCCUGAACUCACCAACGCUGCCGGCGCUCUUUGCCCGGACUCAAACCCUGCGCAGAGCUGGAGCACCGGCUGCGUGCUAGAGGUGUUGUGGGAACUUGAGCGCCUGCAGUGUUGAGUGAACCAUCUCGCCACAGCUACUCUCACCUCAGUAGUUUGAUUCCUGCCAUCUCCAUGACACGAGAAAGAAGAGCGCUGAAAUAGUUAUCUGUGCUUUUGUUUUUAACUGCUAGUGGGUGUUGCAUCAUCUGCCGUGCGCGGCAGGAAUAGCGUGUCUAUAGAUACAGUAAUUAUAUUCGUUAAUUCGGUAGCUGUUUUGAUUUUGUUCGUUCUAAUGAAUUAGCUGAGUUUUGAGUUCGUGAGUUACUUAAUCGUGUUCAUGGAAUCUUUUCUCUAGUCAAAAGAAAAUAUUUGUGUAGUUUUUUUGUUCGCGUAAUUUAUUCAUCCAAACGUUGAUAUAAUUGACGAGACGUGAAAAACAAAUAGUUAGCUGCAGUUGCACAGGUGAUGGCUAUACUUCACGCAGUUUUGUGUAGCAAUUGCCCAGAUAUUGACUCAUCCAGCGAUGCAAUAUCAAGCGUUAUCAAAAUACGUUUAGUUCUGACAGCUUCCCUAUCGAAUGUUUUUCAUUAUAAUUUCCGGAAUUUGUAACUCUGGUGACAUACCUCGUGAUCCCUAGUAGGUUAUUACCGAGUCUACCGACAUUAAUACUUGCUUUGCUCAUUAUAUUGCUCUUAAUCAAAAUUGAGCAUGAGAAGGGAGCGUAUGUUUCGCGACACAAUCACGCACUGAAGCUGCCAUUGGUCAACAACUAAUUCAUGAUAUACCUUUGCCUUCAGAUAUCAACAAUACUCGGUUAUACUAGCAUCCUAUUUAUACUCAUGAGUGCUUUACAAAUAACUUUGCUACUCCCCACAUUAAUUAGUCGUUCCUCGGACUGCUAUGUUGGCUUCUCUUGAUCUUCGUUGGUCCUAAGGAAAAGACUUUUUGUGACAUGUUAGGUAGAGCUUGACCUUUGUUAACUAAAAUACCGUAAUUAGAUGUAAAUAAUUAAAUUGUGAAAUAUCUUACAAGUUGCUGUUAAAAAGAUCAUUUUAUUUCAGCCAUGCGCUUAGAAUUAAUGGGUCAGGUAACCAUUGUUGAUUACUCGUGCCGAUUACCCAAGGCUAGCUUGCUCCUUUACUCUGAAUGCUUCGUUGCGUUACGAAAAUAAAGUUCCCACGUUAAUCGAACGUAUUGUUAUAAAUAUCAAAGGAAUAUAUAGAUAUAACGAUAUUUCAUUUACAUUAUUAUGCGUUUUGAAUACAUUCGCUUGAACAAUACCUGCAUUCAACUAGAUGCAUAAAACAUUACUGCAUUGCACAUUUCUAAGCACCGACCGCAACAUAGUGUUCUUUAUGUACACGAUGUGAAACUGGUCUCAGUUGUGAGUUCACCGCCUCGUGCGUACAUUUGGUUUAAACAAAGCGACAGCUUGUAUAUUUUCGCUUAUGUACUCCAUUAAGACUUCUCUUCAACCUACUCCAAUGCAAUCUUCAUAUAUACUGAAUAUCCGUGCACGUUCUUCUGACUGACUCAUUUUAAAAGCAACUGUUGUCACGACCAGCCACUUGGUCACGUUAAUGGACACGGAGGAUUUGUACUCUUAACAGAGAACAUAAUGGGUAAUAUCCUCCAAAUAGUGACACUGUUUAGACACUUUUUGGCUGACCAAGUCGACCUCUGGAGAGGUCUGUCCUACGGAGCUUGGUUGGUCUUUUCACAUUUUAUAAGGGAUGAUAAGGCUAUUAUAUAUGAAACAAUGCUUCAUAUCUACGCUCUAGAGUUGGCUCUCUCAUAGAUUUUUCUCAGUGGGCAGUUUCCUUAGCUCCACCUCCACCACCGUCUUCAUCGAGUCAAACGCCGUAUCUUUUAUUCCUAAGCUCCCCAAUGACCAGUUAUUAUAGUUAAUAUACAGAUUUUAUUUACCAGACAGCGAUGCUACGUAUUAAAUUGGUUGCAAUAUUACACUAUUUUUUCAUUUGUUAUCUGUACCUAUAUCAUAAUUCUAUAUCUUGCGUUUGAAUUUAAUAGGCCCACUUUUUCAUCAAUAUCUAAACAAGCUGCAAUCGUGUAAAACUUAGCUUUCUCUAUUUUUCUUGGCCUUGUAACCCCUUAAUUUUGUAGACACGUGUACCCAGGCAGGACCCUCGCCCUACAGAGGCGUAGGGGCGUUUCGCUCACGCCCCUGCUGCUGGAGAGGACGCUGGUCUUUCAGGGGAUAAUGCGUGUCACGUUUGUGGUUCAAGGUCAACCUUCAGCUGCUUUAGGUUUAUUAUCUGGAACAAGAGUUUAAAUGUACGAGUUAUUCACCUGAACUGAAUGUAUUUUUAAUUAAUGAUAUAUUUUUCUUCUCCUAGCAUGCGCAUACUUGCUAAUCAAAACUAUUUUACGAUCAUGUAGAGAGAGAUGAAUAUAUAGACUCGUUUUUUGAUAAGAAAGCAAUCAUUAUCUUUAUUCAUACUAAUAUUACGUUUAUGUUGAGUCUUCUUUCUCAUAUAUGAAGGAGAAAUUAUUUGAUAUAGUUUAUAUUAGCAGAAACUUUACGUAAUGGUAAGAAAUCCGAGCAGCCUUGUAUGUAAACGCGUCGGGUUCAGCAACAUCGUCACAUUGCGACUUUUAGCUCUAUUCAUGCAAUAACGAAUAAAAAUGUGAAUAAAAAGCAACUCUAUUUGCAUAGCGAUUUGUGACGGUUUGUUUGAAACUAUGAAUUCGCUCGUAUAAGUUGAUGUAAAACAUUGCGUAUGUAAUAGUGCCUGCUGGACGAAUAAACUGAUUGCGCUUA